UAAGUUGUUGAAGUAAAUACCACUUGUUCAUUAUUCCAGCGUCCCAUCAAUGUUGAGUUAACGCCCCAACGUUCACUUCAUUCAAUCAUUUGAGCCAGAGUGCCACUGCGUCUUACUUACUUCGCGUGCGCGAGAUACAGUAGAUCGCACGUGCGUGAUGUGUAACGUUACGAAAAGUCUAACGCCGGGAGAGGGCGAGCGUUGUUUGUGUUGCUAUGCAACGAGUCAGCAGAAAAAGUCGCGGAGGCAGACAGAUGCAGAAAUGUCGUCCAAUUAUUCAGCAAACCAGUAUGACAGCGCUUUCAGGUCGCAGAGACUGCAGAACUGGUGUGAGACUAAGUGCUCCAAUCAGAGACCUACUGCACAUGGGGGUCAUACCACCUUCACUUCAGAUAAUAGAGGACACCUGCUACCAGGGGUGGUAAAACAGGGCAGUGCAUGGCCAGAAUUCAAGGGGACCUGGGAUCUACCUGCUCGGAUCCCAGCCCACCGUAUUAACCCUACAAGCCGCUCUGUGGAGGGUCUUGACAGGCUGAAGUGCUGGGGCUUUGACCUACAGCACACUGGGACAUCUCAGCUACACAGCAAGAACAAAUAUGUCCCGAAGAAUGUUGGCAUGCAGACCAAUGGUGAUGUACAGUGGAAUGCUGCUGCUAUGUCAUCUGCAGCUGAAUCCCAACAAGCAACUCAGAGCCUCCCCAUCCCUGGAGCCAGCCAAAACCAUGACUCACAGGCAGCUGUGGUAGAACCCAUUGGUCAGCCUGAUGAAGAAAAACUGGCCAGACAGGCUGCUGAGCCAGUGCAGAGGGAUGAAGAGAAGCCAGCUUUGAGGCAUGCUGCUGGAGAAGGAACCAUAACUGGCGAGAAGAGAAGAACAAGCAAUGUUGUAGAAUAAAAAGCUCUCUACAACUGUA